AAAACCCAAUUAUAUAGUAGAAUUAUGCCUUCAUCAGAAGCAUCAAAUCCCAGCAUAGAAAAUGAGAGGCAUAAGCAACUCGACCGAGAUAUUAGAGAGAUGGUCACAUCCAUCACUAAUCGUGUCGAUAAUUUUCACAAAUUAGGUCACUAUAAAGACGAUGAAGAUGAUGACGAUGGUGUUAGGAUUAUCACCCUCGCCGGAACCAAUGAUGGCGCCACCUUGAAAAGCGAAGUGGACAACAAGCCAGCCGACCAUCACUCCGGCGAGAAGCCUGAAGAGGAGGCAUUGAGCACUCACGUGAACAGCAAUUUUCAGGCUCUCAACAACUCAAUCGUGUUUAGUGGGAGCUACCAAGCUAAUGAUCCCGGCGUGAGCAUCGAGAUCUCAGAUUUCACUGAGCCGACCAGCCACCAUAAGGACGGAAAGCAUGAGAAGAAGAGCAAGAAGAAAGAAAAAGAAGAGUCUAAAAGUGACCAUGGCGAUCAUCAUCAUCAUCAUCAUCAUUCUGGACAUUCUGGUUAAGAUAAGGCUAUAGCUCAUCACCUAAGCCAUAAUGGAGUGUCAAAGCAUUAAUAAUUAUUAUUAUAUUUCUUCGUUUCAUUAAAUUUUUGAACAAGUUAUUACUUUCAAAUCAGUAAGAUGGUUUCUGAGUUGUUGUUUAUGCAUACAUUAUUUUAAUAGGAAAUAGGAGAUAGAGGUUUUCAUUGAUCUUAAGAGUGAUUGUGAAUGAUUAAUUAUCAUUCCAAGAAUAAUAUGUAGACCGUAAAUAAUUAAUAUCUUUGUUAUACUUGUUA